CACAAGUAAGCGUCAAUGUUUUUCGUAGUCCUAACUAUAACAAAAGCAAGUGAAGUUUUGUUAUUUUGAUGUGUACGCUGAAAUUCGUUUCUGUUUAACUGGGCUGGUCCCGUUAUUUAGAUUAAACAAAAUGCAACUAUUGAUCUGCGGAAUCAUUCUGAUAUGGUUUAGUCAGGAUUCCCAUUCAGCAAAUAACCCGGUAGUGCUGGUACAACCGCAGUUGGCUUCGCCGCUCCUGCUGCCCUACAAUCCAACGCAGACCACUGUGUCGCUGGAGAAGCCCUUCUGCGUCUUCGACACUCUGAAUCCUUCAAGUAGCGCCAACGUGGACGUGUACGUCGUGCUGAGUUCGGCGGCUUCUUCAACGUUUAUGCCAUGGAAGAAUUAUAAAGAGACCAAUGGUGGUAGCACAGGACCUUACAGAGCUGCGUCUUUCAAUCUUCCCAACUGUGCAUCUCCACCAAAGCUUUCAGAUCUGUCCAUUCCUAGUAAAUUGCUAAGUACUUUGAAUGAGUACCUUAUCCAGAUUGGAAAUAAUUCUGUCUGUGUUAAUGAUCCUGCUGCCACAGAUCUCUGCAAUGGUCCACUUGGUGUGGGAGCUGCUUAUAGGUUUAAAUUCUUGCUGAUCGAUGGUGCCACAGUUAAAGGAGAGACAUCGUGGUCUGAGCCUGUGUUCACGAGGCAAGCUUUGGAUCCUGUGGACUUGGACACCUGGAUUGGGAAAAGGACUGGGAGUACAGUGGUCAUUGCUAGUGUCCUUAGUUCAGUCACCUUUCUUCUGCUUUGCCUGCUUAUUCCAAUGUCUAUAUAUGAAUUAGUUCAUCGUGUGAAGGGAAGUGGCUCUCAGGAUGUAACCAACAAACCUCAAAUGGUAGAGACCACAUUCACAAUGGUUAAUAAAAGAGUGUCACUGGGUGAAGCUGGAAACGCUCAGCAAUAAAGAAGCAAAACAUUGAAGACAAAGCAGGAACACUCAGUAUUACAUAUUAAGUGUGGGGGAGAUGCCUCUUUAGACGACUGUAAAAGAGGCCCGAGGAGGAGACUGAAAUUAAAG